GUACUUUCCGCCAUGACAUCGGUUUAAAUAUGCAGGGUUGAGACUCGCGGGUACGAAGACGUGAAAAAUAUUAUCUCUUAUAGCUGAGGAACAUUUUUAAGAGCCAAGUCGUAAAUUCCACUCCCUUAAACUGGUGAGUAGAUCGAACGCAUAAAAUUUAUCGGAAAGUCUUUUUCUUCCUGAAAGGUUUUCUUAUUUUAUUGAUCGCUAUGUCCAAACGUGACAAGAUAUUUUGAUCGUUGAAGAAUUGAUUGAAAAUUUUUUGAGAAUAGCCCUCUGUCAAGGUUUCGAUAGGAAUCUUUCCAACAGUUGUUCUUUUAUGUUUUUUUACAACGCUGUAACCCGAGAUGAAUUUGUAUUUUUCUGCGGCUGUAAACGGCACGCGACUCCCUUAGUGAAAUUUGCUGGAAUGUUUGAAAGGGACUUAGUCUAGUAGGUUAAACUCUUUUUGGUCUCUUACUCCUGUGGAAGUAAAAAAAAAAUCAAGUUGUCUGAGGUACAAACCGUGUCAAGAUACUAACGAAUAGUGAUAAAUUCAAGUCGAAGUUGCGUAAGAAAGAUUUGAGCAUCGAACAUGCUUUCUCUCGUUGUAGUAAGAAAUAAGCCCAAGUUUAGCUGGGUUUGAUGUCUGUUUCAUUUCACAUACAUUUUAUUCGCAAAUAACUUGUGUUGGUGCUCAAACUGUUGGUAUAUUUUCUUGUAGUAAAGUACAUAUCAAUUUUUAGUAUCGGUUGGGCCAAAAAAUUCAAAACAGAAGUUAUGUUUUUCAUCGAGACGCUUAAGUUGUGUCGACAAUACUAUACGAACCGUGCCCACUUAAUUUUCGACUAUGAAAAUUAAAAAUAAUCUAUUUAUUUGUUUAUGAAUUGGAAGGUUAAAGAUGCGAAUUAAAACUUGGCUGUUUUCCAUGUGAUAGUCUUUCAAAACUAAAACAAAACAGACUGUUCCAGGAAGUCUGAAUUCGUUGACUGGCAUCGCUGUUAUUGUUGAUUCCCAUUCAUGUAGAGUGGGGCAGUUAUGGGUAUCACAUUGGACUAAGUGUUACUGGAGGAGGGGUUAUUUUAAGAAACACAUCUGAUGAGCUAAUUAUUUGAUAAUGAUAGAAUAUGACUCAUAAAAAUCCAUUGUGGGCAAGUUUCAUUGAUAGUGUGGAAUAAAAGCUUUCAUUGUCUUGUUCUAAUUUUAGAAAUGUCAAAUCUAAUAUUAGACUUGAAGGAUUAAUAAAUGGCAGAUUAAUCAGUUUAAUAAACAGUAUAGGGAUACCGGACCAACAAGCAUUGUACAACUGAAAACUUUUAUAGACUUGCAAGUAAUACUUGAUUCAAACAGAGGUAUUUGUUCUAUGAAUUAACUGUUUCUUUUUUUCCAUGUAAAAGAUUGUGACUGUUUUUUUUGCUUUUGAUUUCUUAUACUUAAAAGAAUUCAAAUGUGAAUAUUUUUUAAGAAGCAGUGAUUUUUAAGUGCUUUCAUUUGGUAGUGUAGAUUCAGUCACAGAAAUAAUAAAUGUUGUAAAUGAUGAAGAAAUUUUCCACGAAAAUUGCUAGUGUGAUGAGUGACAAUCACAUGGUGAUUGCUUCAUUCUGGUGCAUAUUUGAGGUUAGGUAACAAAUUUUGUUCAGAUUUUCUUUAAGCAACAGCUUUUGAAGUCCAAUACUUUCCUGUACUAUGAGAAUAAUAAUACUUUAAAAAAAAUGUCACAAAGAAUACCUUCUGUAAAUAUUGACUUAGAUAUCAGAUACUGUGGUUGCCUUGGGAAACUGACUACAUGAAAUUGUUUUGCCUUCUUUUGAAUGGUUUGUGUUCUUGCAGAAUUCUUGAUGCUUGACAUAGAUAUAAAUUAACUCUGAGUCAGUGUCGGAGACAAAAGUCUUAAUAACAUUAUUUUUUCUUUUGUUAUUGAGCACAUUUCAUAAUGACUACUUGUACAUAAUUUAUUUUUUAAAUUUUUUCGCUUCUUGCUAGCUGGAAAAGGCAUUUUUUUUUUCAUUUUUGGAGACUGUAGGGGUGUGUUAUAACUUGCUGAAUCUUGUCCAUAAUAACUUGUAGAAUGUAAUGUUAAGUCACUCUCUUUUUUUAGAUUGGAAGAUCAUGGCUCCUGGUGGGGGCUCCAGAAGACAAUCAGAUGAUGAACAGGAUGGUAAUGGUGAGCAAAGGCCAUCUUAUCAAAGAGCCAAUAGUGUAGACGAAGUAUCAGGGCAAGCACCAGCCAUUGUCACCACCUUUUUAGGCGAGUGUUUUCGCGCAGAUGGCCUCCCCGUUCCACAAGAACUGAGUGAAAAUCAAAAAAGAGUCAAUAAGGAAGUGGCUCAUGUCAUUCGUGACAUUGGAGAUCGUUUAGCGAAUGAUACCAUUUUGAACAAUUUGAUAUCACAAGUAGUUGUCUCCAAAGACACUGCUUUUGAUACAUUUCUUCAAGUUGGGGCUCAGAUAUUUAAUGAUGGUAAAGUAAAUUGGGGACGAAUAGUGACUCUUUUCUACUUUGGCUACAAGCUAGCAUUAAAAGUCAUCAACCAAAUACCACUCAUCAAAAUGAUUAUUGGGUGGGUGUGUGAAUUUAUCAAGGACCGCUUGGCCAAGUGGAUUUUUGAACAAGGAGGAUGGGUGAGUCUUGUUUUGUUUUUGUUUUUUUUAAUCCAAUAUGAAUGUCUACUAUAUGAAAAAUGUUUGUAUGGUUUUCACUCAGCAUUUAAUAGUUUUGUGAGAUUAUCAACAAGCAAGGAAAGUUUGUAAUCCAGUGAGGCAUUUAUUCUUUAAUUUAAUACACAGCUAUCAUCUAAUGUUUGUAGAGUUUAUGAAAAAAAAAAAAAAAACUCUACAGGCAUCUUGUGCACAUUGUCAUGUCAGAGAAUAUUGCUUAUAGAAUUGCCAUGUACCCAGCUGUUGUUACUGAUGUCUUGGAAUUGAAACUAUUUGAAAAUAGCAGUAUGGCAGAAAAUGCUGUUCCAAAAUGGCAAAACAAUACAUAAACCCUGCUGACUCCCAGAAGUGAUUAACAUGUUAUGUCUUCUCAUAAUAUCUGUACAUUGUCCAGCAAACCAGUAAUGAGAAUACUCAAACUUAUCAGGAAGAAGUUAUCUUGAUCUAACAUGAAAUUCUCAUAACUAAUUUACAAGGAAAUGUGUAGCAGUUAGAGGGGAGGAUUAGCAAUCAGAUAUGGGGAGUUAAAAGGGUUAAAUCUUUAUAAAUCUUGCAUAACUUUCAUUUGUGAAAUUUUAGUUCUCCCACUCAAAACUAAUGUAAAGCUCCUUUUUUUCUCCACACCUGUUUCAAGUACUGUAUCUUUUGUGCUCUUAUCAAAAAGCUCUUUCCUUUUUGCAGGAAUCUGUGGUUGAUUACUUCAAGGCUUUGAGAAAGAAGCACGAUGUUCAGGUUUACUUUGUCUUCAGCUGUAUCUGUGCUCUUGGCUUUUACCUGCUAUAUCGUAAACAGUAG